UAGGUUGGUAAAAUCUGAUUGUUUUCUCACUAAGGUAUGCUUACGUGCAGGGAAUGGAGAGGAGGGAAUAGGAAGAAGAGAGGGUUUGGCUUUCUCCGGCUGCCAGCCACGCACAAACAACCGAAAGGUGAGGUAGGUUGAACUGAUCCAAAUAGCUCAGGUUAGGGGUUGCAUCUUGAUCAUGUCUUCAACCUUCUUUUUCGUAAUUUGUUUAAAUAUAAAUGAUUUUUGUAAUUUGUUUAAAUAUGAACGAAGAUAUAUAAUAGAGAUGGAGUGAACUGUUUGUAUCUGUAAGAUUUGUACUCCAGGAUAUAUAUAUAAGUGAUAAGGGCAACAAACAGCUCAUCAUGUUCACCACUACAAUGUCUAUAGACUACUUCGUGCCUGCAAGUUUACAUCUUUGUAUCUAUAGAAGAAUUUGAUCAGAGCAGAGUGAUCUCCCGCGACCAUGGCGCCAACCAAAUGGCACAUCCUGCCGCUCCUUUCCCGCCCCAGGUGCCUCGCCUUCUGUGACUACCCACAACGCCACGACCAAAACCGCCAGCAGCCUCGCUACGGCUGUGCUAGCGGCGAGGGGAUCACCGGACUCGACCCCGUCGAGCAGGGGAUUGUGCGACGUCGGCGCUGUGGCAGGCAGAUGUUCAACUACUGCGGCUGCCUCUACGUCCCGGCGGCCGGGGACGUGUCAGCGCCUGAGAAGGGGGUGACCAAACCGCCGCCUCUGCCGUUAGUCAACGUCGACCACCCACCGCCUCCUCCCCCGGAGGAAGCUAACUUAGACGAGAAAGAAGCGUCGAUGGAGGGCAGCGUCACGACGACGGCGUCGAGGGCGGCCUCGCUCGAGCGGUUCGAGUGCGAGUCGUGGUCGUCGUCGGCAAUACUCGACGGGGACGAGGAGGGCGCGGCGCAGUCGUACUUCGACCUUCCCUUGGAGCUGAUCAAGAGCAGCGGGCAGAUCGCAACCCACUUGCCGGUGACGGCGGCCUUUGUGUUCGAGAGAGACCGGAAGGCAGCGCUGAGGAAGCUGUCGGCGGAGUCGGAGUCGGACCGGCACGUCAAGUUCCCGACGUCGCCGGGGUCGUGCCCUCCGUCCCCGUCCUCUGCUUCCAUCAGUCCGACGAUGCAGAAGGCGAUCGAGGAAUUCCACGCAUUCCUGGAAGCGAGAAGCGCUUGAAUCCCAAAGGACCACCGUGAACACGGCCGCCAGACAAACAAAACCAGUGCGAUUGAGAAGGAGCAUCGCGCAAAAUAAAAUAAAAUGAAGGCCUUUUUAUUCAAUUUAUCACCAAAUUUAAAAAUAAUCAACUUUCAAAUGGAUGCCUCUUUUCUAGUUUUAAUUUCUCUCAAGAACUUUCACAUGCAAUUAGAUUUAGAAGCUGCCUUUUUUCCCAAUAAAGAAGGGAAAAAUAAGAUCUUGCAUAAACCUUGUACAACAAUUAA